GUAUAACUCGCGAUCCUCUGCCGAAGAUAGGAGCGCUGCCCGCCGCGAUGCUACCCGCGAGAUCCUGUUGCCUGGAAUAGCUACCGUGGUUCUCUCGGACCGGUACGUCGACGUUCAGCGCAAAAACGCUCGAACCACCGAUGUUACCGUGGCAACGCUCCUAUCGACGAUGGCUUACCCUCGCGAUUCUCGAUUGUCGUUCUUUUCGUUUUUUUUCUUUCCUUCCUUCAGUUUUCCCUUUACCGCCUCGCGAUUCGAUUCAUUUCUUCCGCUGGCGAUCGUACGUCCUCGCCGUACGUCGUGAAACGUGAUCGGAAUCGUAGCGAUCGAUCGUACGUCCAAAAAUUUGGAUCACCAUUCUCUCGAGAAUCGUAUCAACGUUAAAAAAGCCGCGACGUACGCGGUGAACGAAUUAGGUGGUCUCACGGGAUUUGGCGCCAGACCUUUCUCAAGUUCGAACGCCGAAGCCCUUCUCUCUCGUCCUUUCUCUCUCUUGUUUUCCCCUCUCGCACACCCUGUCUCCCCUUUUCCUCCAAUUCCUCAUUGCUCCUGCCAUUCUCGAUGACUCCACUGACUCGUUUACGUCGUGUAUCCGGCUUUUGGACGGAUCGCUCGCAGAACGAAGUUUCUGAAACGCGAGCAGUUGAGUCAUGUCGUUGACAACGCAGGUGGUCGAGCCUUUCCUCCUUUCUUCGAGUUCGUUAGCCAUGCGCAGUGACACUUGGCCUCUGUUAUUAUCGCGCGGGAGAUCUGUGCGCGCGAGCUCUAAAAACCUAGUUUUUCCAGGCCGACGUGGUCGCGUGACUGGUUGGUUUCACUGUCAAGUACCUUUCACGCGAGAUCUUCUCGUUGCUCGUCGCACACAUAAAAUGCGCGGUUCUAUCCCUAUUCCUCGAUCAAGACAGUUUUCCUUAAUGUCCUCGCUAGGAUAACGUUGGUCCAAAGAAGGAGGGAUAGCAGGAAGGGAAAUUAUUAAGGGAAUAGGAGGGAACCGAUUUUGAUGAUUUUUGGAUACGUUGCAAAAAUCAAUAUUUUAAACAACUCUUUCCUUUGCUUCUUCGUAUUGCGUAAACGCUACUACGUAUUCUGUUAAACACAUGGCAACAACUGUAACGGAUGAACUAACUUUAAGUAAUACUUGCUCAUGGACGAUUUAAAAUGAAAAAUUAUUAAUCAUCCAAAAAUGAAAUACGAAACAAUCUCGAGCGAUCGAAAUUACAGCGAAUAUUAACAUAAUUCUUGAUAUCUAUCUCUUAAUGUUAUUAUAAAUUUAUUGACAGAGAAUCAGCUGCGUUCAACGUAUAUCUACGAGAGAAAUUCUAUGUAAUAGCAGCAAUUUUUUUACAAAUAUCAAAGGAAUUGAGGCUGAACAGCGAUAAUAUUGUAUCAAAAUAUUAAUUUCCGCAACAUUUCCAAAAACUACCAAGAUGGCGAGGACCUCUCUAUUUCGAAUAAUUAUCGCAGGGAACGGGUUUUUUCCAUCAUCGAAAAGCAACUUGCUAUACAAUAGCGCGCGAAAUUAGAUUUGUUCGCGCGAUAUACUGUUUAAAUAUUCAUAUUAUGCUCGUCAAAAGAGACAUUUAUAUGAUCGAAAAUAUUAUCGAAUAUUGGUCAAGAGAUAAGUAGAAAAGAGGGAGAGAGAGAGAGAAGAGAGGAGAAGAGAAAGCAUCCCCUUUAAGAGAUAGACCUUAAAGGCACGGCGUAACUCGUUUCUCCCCUCUUAGAUUUCACGAGAUAUUUCAUUAUUCUAAAUAUAUCGACGGCAUGUACGAGUCUCGCGUAAAUGGAAAUCGCCGCUGCUUCCAAUGUAUCCUAAUGUGAUUACGUGCGUGUGUUCCCUCCCAUUCCCCCUCCGUGCGCGCGACUACCUGCAUUUCGGAAUCCUCCAACCAUUAUUAGAAUGCACAUCGAUAUCGCUGUUCCCGGUAUUAAUGCGUACGAUACGCGAUUUAAUUUUAGAUAAGCCAAAGAUCGCCGAUCUCUGACUCGUUCGCUGUCAUUCUGGAUAAAUCAUAACGAUGCGUAUAAAUUUUAGAAGAGAUUUUACUUGGAAAAGUUAGCUGUUUCAGAACCGAGUAGCGACAUGGAGGCAAAGGAGAGGGAGAAGCCGCUGGUUAAAGACUUGAACGAACAUAUCGUAUGUCCUCUGUGCAGAGGCUACCUCAUAGAUGCAACGACUCUCGUGGAAUGUCUGCAUUCUUUUUGCAGAGGUUGUAUAGUGAGACGGUUGAGCAGCGGUGCCAGAGCGUGUCCCGUAUGCAAUGUCGCAACGUCUCCUCCACUCUUGCCGGACGUAAAGCUGCAACGACUUGUGUAUCUCAUGGUACCCGGCCUCUUCCGGUCGGAGCUUGAACGAAGGCGUCAUUUCCGACUGGUCAAUCCACAAUGCCCACCUUUGGCCUUACCCUUGGGCGCCCUAAACUUAACCUUGGACGAUUUCGUCAGCCUAAGUUUAUGCGAGCUCGACGAACCGGAAGGAGAGGCGGCCGUUCACGAAGCGGAAAACCGUGCCGGGUCACGACAUCGAACGAACGCCGAUCAAACGAAACAGGAAGACACGAUUCAGGUUAGAAAUACUCGAUACCUUAAGUGUCCGGCAGGAGUGACUGUUCGGCACUUGGUUCGAUUGCUUAUGCUGAAGAGGGGAUGGGAGGAGGCGAAUUCGAAUCACAAGACGAAUGUCAAUAAGAUCGAGAUGCUGUGCGAGAAGAGCAACGAAAAUCGGCGGAACGGCACGAAUACGAUGGUGUUGGAUCAAUCCUGGACUCUGCUCGAUCUCGCCUGCAUAUUUGGUUGGAAGAGAGAAGCGCCUAUGAAGCUGUUUUAUCGCGUGUUACGUAAGGAGGAUAUUGUCUCCGUUUCAAGUGAGAACUCCUUCAACGACGAGACAGCCAAGGAUACCGCGACAAUGGAAAACAUUCAACGGCCACCGACACCACCUCCGAGUCCUAAGCCUGUCCAAGAGUGCGAGGACGAGGGGCACAAAAUUUUAGAAAAUACCAGCGAGCCGUCUCAAUCGUGUUUGAAGAGCAAUUUGGAACGCGACAAGGAGCCGAAAGCGAAGAAACCCCGAUGCAAAGUAACUCCUGUCAUGAGAACACCUAAUCUCGUGUCGAUACAAGCCAACCACGCACCGGAAAGUUCCAAGUCGAAAGAAUUGGCGAAGCUGGAGCAUCGUAAGCACAGGAAACGACGAAACAAACGAGUGAUCGCCGAGAUAACCACCACGCCGCGGGAGGAUUUGUUGAAACUGAAGGUUCGAUUAACCCCGUGCCCGCCGAGGAUCACGUCGAGCAGCGGAAGUGGUCAAGCAAAGGAGAAAUUAUUACAAAUGAGGGCCGUCAGACGAGAAAAGAUCAAAACCACGGCGAUGAAUCAGCAACGUUCGUCAGGUACGUUGACACGAGAGGAAGGUGCGAGUACGAAGGAGAAUAUCGGAGAGGCGGAAGAGACUAUAGAAGAAAUAAUAGACAGUAUACCCGACGAGGUUGUCCGAAUCGCACAAAAUAUAACUACCCAACAAGGGGAAGAUGCGUCAGGAGCAGGGGAAAGGGUGGAUCAAAGGAGCGGAUCCUCGACUUGCAAACCAGCACCGCCUAAGAAGGAAGAAGCUGAACCGGAGGUGUCGAAGAGAACGUCCGAACAGGUCGAAACGGAGCGUCCGAAAAAGGACGAGGAAAUUCUCCGGCGAUUGGGCCUGGUAGCCGUGAACGAGGCUGGCGACAACUUCCGUGAUAAAGCGAGGCAACGCGUUCAAAACAACGGGGAAAAGAUCGAUACUUUGGAUAGAGAGAAACUGGAGAAACAAUUGCGCGAGAGCAAAGCCAAUCGAGUAAGGAGUUUGCUGGCCGAGAAACAGAUGCGCGACACGUUGAAAACGAUGUCGAAGACAAAGGAAGAACACCCUGCACCCUUGCCGGUCAACACCCCUCCGAAAAAGAAAGGUCCGCCCCCAUUGGCGCCGCUGAGGGUCGCAAAACCUUCCGGUUUCGCCGCGUCGAGCGCCAUUUUAGAACCGAAUAAUUCGAAAUACGAGAUCCCAUUAGAUCUAAGCAGCGGUGGGACCGUGCACAACAACGUACUCGAUCUGUCUGCCAAUUUAUCGGCCGCCAAUUUUUCUUUGUCUCCUUCCUCGUCUUCGUCAUCCUCUCCUUCGUCCUCCUCCUCCUCCUCUUCGUCGUCGUCCUCGUCGUCGUCGUCGUCGUCGUCGUCGUCGUCGUCAUCUUCUUCGACUUGCUCCAUAUCCUCGUUGAAUCCAAGACCACCACGACCGCCCAUCACCCCGGGAAACUUAUUACGAGGAAAGGCGAAGGAUCUGGAUCAACGACGAGGUCAAGAUUCCAAUUUGAUGACACUUUCUGAUGCGGCUGUUUCCCUGUUAAGCGGAUGCAUCACCGACGAAAACUCGGUUGAUUCUUUGGUGCUCGGUUCAGCUAAUCUCGCCAGCAAAGUGGCCCUCCGAAUACCGCAACCUCAUCAAAGAAUCUCCGGUUUUGGUAUGAAAAUCAAACCGAAUCUGAGCAUCCGGCACAUACCUAAUCCCCAAGCUGUGGUAGCGUCGCAAUACAGAAAUCAAAGAGUCAGUUACUUCAAUUCCGCCUCGCAGCAACCACCGUAAGAAGAAUUAUUUUUGACCGACUGAAACACUCGAUUUUCCUCCAUCCUAAAAUUUUCUUUCAUUACUUCCUAUUAUUAUUAUUCUUAUUCUUAUUAUUAUUAUUAUUAUUAUUGUUGUUGUUGUUAUUACUUAAAAAUGCUCCUAUGGAAACAAGAUUCCUACGUGACCAAUCCAAAGGCUGUAUGUUACCAUAUAUAUUUUACCUAUACCCGCUUCCUAUAAUGUUUCUUAAAACGAUGAUGAAUUUUCGUACGGGCAUAAAGACGCACGGGAAAACUUAAAUGAUUAAGAAAUUGGAAGGAAGAGUGAAUGAUAGCAGUUAAUAAAGAUAAAGUAGGUAUAUUUACUUUUGAGGAUUAAGAUAAGGAAAUUUUUCAAAAAAAAAAAGUCGUACAAUGUGAGGUUUUUACAUUGAAACAACAAAAGGAAAAGAGUAUAUAUCAAUUAAAAAUUGGCAACGAGUUAGUACCGUGUGUCUUUUUGCCUCUUAAAUAAGAAUUCAAUGGCGGUGUCCAGACCGUUGUUAUCUAGAUAUAUUAAGCUACGUAUGUUCGUAAUGCAUGUAUGUGUGUCUAUGAUCAACCAUUAAAAGAUACAAAUUAUACCCACUUCUGCCCAAAAGCUGACGGAUUAAUUUACGAAAAGGCGAUUCGUCGCUCUAUUGGUAAUGAUAGCAACGGCUGACAGAGAUAUAUUAAACGUAGUAUAAACGUAUGGUUAAGGGUUGUAGUGAUGAGGAUACCGGAUGAAUGAUUAGAAUGGAACGAUGGAUGGAUGACGGAUAAGCUUUCUUGUCCCUCCUCCCCCUCCCUCCCUUCCUUCCCCACAUGUUGUCGCUCCUUUUUUAGAAUCUUAGAGAAAUAUGUACUUCAUAGAGAUGCCAAAGAACGCCAGAGAACGUGUGCAAUGUAUUAGUGCAAUUUAAUUAUCGUCUAUCAUAAUAUAAUAUAUUACAAGCGAUUUAUUGCGAUAUAAGUCCAAUCGAGUUUCGCGGUAAGGGGUGGAUUACUAGUCGUUACGGCUAAAAGUAUGCGGCGAUCUUCUGAGAAAUUGGACAGCUACGAAGCUGACGAACAGCUUUGGAAAAGAAAAAGAAAAAAAAUGUUUUAAUGCACGCUCGAUUCCUCGAUAUCGAGGAGGUACUGUUGAAUUGGGAAUUUAAAUAUACGUAUGCAUUCUUUAAAGAUGCGUAUCAUAUGUAAGGAAGUUUUUAUUUUAUAAAAGCGUAAACUCAUAUCGCUGUUAUUGAUUUAAGAAUGAUAUAUUAUCGUGUGAUAAUAUAUAUAUAUAUUAAUAUAUAUUAUCGUCGAUGAAACGCUUUAAAAAAAUAUUGAGAAAGAAAAAAUUAAUCGAGUGCGUUGGAAGCUCGUUGUGCGUGAUAUACGAUUUUUAAUGCUGUAUCGGAAUUUGUACAGUCGAAUAGAAUUGCCCCCGUAUAGGACAGCAAUAAAGAUGAACUUGAUUUGAAAGGAAA